AUGGGCUGCCUCAGCCACAGCAGGAAGCAGACGAGGCAGGAGUUUACCGAUCACAAAUGGGACUACAUCAACCUGGCCGACUUCAAGGCCAAGGGCUGCGGCCCCGGCUUCGUCUACGGCUACUUGUGGUUCUCCCUCAUCCUGUCCAUUGCCGUCUACGGCGUCGAUAGCUUCACCGCCGUCAACCUGCUCGCGUUUGACCGCUGGUCGUCCAAGAUCAAGCCCGCCAUCCCCAUCGACGUCUCCAAAUGGAUCUUUUCCGGCUGCAUCAUUGCCUCCUUUGUCAACCUCGCCUACGAGGGCGUCCGCGCCUUUCGCGUCAUGCGACGCCGCAAUGUGGCCGAGUGCUAUAUGGACAGCCUCGCUGCGCGCUGGGAGUCGAUCCGCCUCGGCAAGGGCCAGGGCUGGCGGCGCUUCCUGGUCUUCGCCGAGUUGACCAAGUCCAAGAAGGGCGCCGAGUAUAUUGCCCUCUUUACCUACUUUAGCUUCCAGUCAUGGAUUCGCGUCAUCGUGUGCUCCGGCCCACGCCAGGUCGUCAACGCCCUGACGCUGCGCUCAGUGUACGUGGCCAAGCUCACGCCCACGGCCGACAGCGUCGAGGGCUCCAUCGUGGGCUUCUUCGACAAGAUCAAGUCGCUCGCCGAGGAGGACUACCAGCAGGCCGUCAUCCUGUCGGGCAUGUGCUUCACUCUCGUCAUCUGGGUCUUUUCGGCCCUCUACCUCUUGUCCGCCGUCCUCUUCUACGUCUUCUUCCUCUUCCACUGGAUCCCCCGCGACGACGGUGGCCUCACCGGCUACUGCGAGCGCAAGGUCAACAAGCGUCUCACCAGCAUCGUCACCACAAAGGUCAACAAGGCGCUCGCCAAAAGCCAGGCUAAGCGCGAAAAGGCCGACGCGCUGGCCAUGCGCAACGGCGAGAAGCCGCACCUCGACCGCGCCGCCACCCUGCCCGUGCUCCCUGACGUCGGUCUCGGAAAGGAGGAUGCCCUGCCGCAGAUGCCCAUGCUCAACCGCAACGAGACUACCACCACGCUGCCGGCCUACACAUCGCGCCCGGGCACGCCCAACAGCUUCGAGCUCACGGCCAUGGACCAGAAGCGGCCGAUACCCUCUCGCUCCGGCACCGCGGGCUCGUACUCGUCGAGGGCACCGCUCAUCGGCGGCGCCGCCGACAUGGGCUACGGGCGCGCGUCCCCGGAGCCCAGGUUGCCCGACCUAGACUUUAGCUCCGUCCCGCCUCCGCGCACGGCCACGGCCAACUCGCAGCGCAGCUACCGUCCGGGUUACGGGCCGUCGGGGAGCUCGGGCUCGAUCCGCAACUUUACCGCGACCCCCGCGCCAAUGGACGCGGGCAUGCCGCCGUACGGCCCAACCAGGACGCCCACGUCACAUUCCAUGAAUGCGUACGGCAACCCGCCCGCGCGUUCUUACGAUGCCUACAGUCCAGACGCUCGGACCUACGACGCAUAUGACGGCCGCGCUUCCCCGGCGCCCACCACGUAUCGCACAGGAACGCCUGCGUCCACCUCGAUACCCACGCCAAUGGGCCCGCCGCAGCAGCCCAUGAGGAGCCUGACGGGCCAGGUGCCGCAGCGCGGGCCGCCCCCGCACCCGCAGAGGAACAUGACGGCGCCCGUGCGGCCAGGCGACUUUGAGCCGCCGGCGAGGACAGGGACGUCGCAGAGCAUGCGAGGGCCGCCGCCGGGGCAGGCAGGACAGGGCAUGCCGCCGAAUCAGCGGGCGUACGGAUACGAUGGAGGGUACAGGUUCUAG